CGCACGUACUGCAAAGUAUGGGAUGCGAGGUGGGAUGGGAUGGGAGGGGGGGCGCAUUGCAGAUGGGAACAAGGCACAAUCUACAGUGUACAACACGACUCCGCAUUCGGGCGUGCAUAUCGGUGAGUUGGGAAAUGCGCGCCAGCGUAGAUGCGCGCGCGGCACGAGGUGGCAUCAGCAGGAUGGCCUGCAUAUGAGAGAGCGGUGCGGUGCGUGGUGGCAGACAGGGAGGAGGAGGAGGAGUCUGGUGUGUGCGUGCGCCCGUCAAUGGAUGGUCCUUCUGUAUUACGACGCGUCUGGACUGGCGCGGGCGCGGCGGGCUCUGCAGCAGUAGCAGCAGCAGUUGCGGUCAAGAGAAAACGGGGAAGGGCUAGUGAGCUGAUGGUGGUGGUGGUGGUUAUUAAUGGAGGUUGUGGUGGUAGUAAUUGCACGCAUGGCGAGACGCCGAGUCUAGACUAAAG